AUGGUAGACUUCCAAGAACCUUUUUUUGGAAUAUGCAGAGAUCGUUGGCCUUGUGCUAUUGCUUGUCUUAUCCCAGGUGGAUAUUGUUGACUUCAAUCAAAAACUACUUCAAUUGUAAAUGGUGGGCAUUUCUUUGGGCCUUUGUUAAAUGUUUGCUUACUCUCCCCUCCGCGAGCGAGCAAAAUCAUUAGAAAAAUCCCUAUUUUUUGCCUAAAAACCCAAUAUAAUGAAAAAAAUCUCUAGGUAGUUCUGUUUUAUUUUAAACAAAUUGCGUUUUAAAACGCAAAUUAAAUAUUGAUAUUUUUAAAUUUUGAAAAAAAAAAUUAUAUAAAUUUAUUAUAAAUUUAAACAAAAUUGUUUUGUUCGCUUACAGAGGGAAGAGUUAGGAAUGUGUCUUGGAGCAGCACUAAACAGGAGAAAAAUUCGAGACGCUUUCUUAAUUGACGGACAUUUCAUUACUGAUUGUUUAGCUCACCUUUUUUGCCCUAUUUGUGCAGCAACACAGGAAUAUAGAGAAGUAUGCCGAAGGAUUGGCCCAUCGAAAACCUUUGUAUUGAUGACUUCAUAA